AUGACAGAACUGCGGCGCAUCACCACGACCCCCGUUGAUUGGGGGUCUUUUUCUGGUGGCAAUGUGUUGGCCAUUUCUACAGGGCGAAAACGACGCUGUAAUACUCGUGGCAGAAGGGUGCUUCUGCUUUCGGCCAGCGGUAUCGUACUAGCGGACGUAAAACUCAAUGACGAGGUUGGGGACGUGGUAGAUGCGGCGGGCAAUACGGCAAAUGUGGUAGUCUGCUGCACCAGCUGUGGGUCAGGCCGGGGCCGGAGGACAACGCUUGCCUUCAUCUCUGGUUCACAGGUCUUAGCGCUGCAUGAGUUGCCUCCUGUGAAGAACAGUGAGGAGGUGUCACGGCAUAGUGUGGUUUGUCUUCGUGUGGCUUCUCAAGACGUUUCCAUUUAUGCGCUUGGUACGGCGGAAUUAUUUGCAUGCGUGCGUGACGGCGAAAAGUGCACGGUGUAUACCGUAUGGAGCUUUGGGAGUGCCAGUGUGGUGCGGGUAGCCCGUGGUCGUCAUCCUUUGGAGGUGCUUGUGCUUCUGGAUGACGGCAGCGUGGCGUUGCUUGAGGUGCGCAAGCCGGGCGACGGACGCGUGGAGGGGUUUCUUCUUCACAUCCUGCAGCUCUCCUCAACUGCGGUUCCCACGGAGGCUGUUUUUGCGUGUGGGUCGAUGUUGUGGGUGCUCUGCGACGACUUCACGUUGUACAGUUAUUGGUUUCCGCAGCCUGUUUCGGGAGAGGAGGCCGCCCCGGUGCAGUUUAUCAGCGAACAGUUGUGUCCCCCAGAGGACGCGGUGGCGCCAGUGAGGGUAUUCAUGGCAGGUGAGAACCGCACAUGCGGGGUUCAUAUUCUUUUUCAAACGACGACAGCGGUUCAUUUUAGAGCCUUGGCGGUUCAUGGCCUUAGCGGGCCCUACCAACGACCAACCCCGGCCAAAGGGUGGGUGCAUAGCACGCUGUUGUGGAGUGGCCACGUUCACAGUUUCUCAUUUAAGCAGUGCGCGUAUGAGUUGCUUGUGCAAAGUGAAGUAGGUGGAUCUCCUCUGAGUGUGAUGUCGCUGAGGCAGAACUCCAGUAUCCUUCUUUUUGGGGACUCCCAGCCUCGCCUGCUGAGUCACCAAGUCGUUCGUGCCGCGCCAGACAGGCUUGCGGGGUUGCGAGAGAAAUGCGAGUCCAGUGUGCAGGAGCUUGAGUCGACGGCUGCCAAUGUCUUGGAUCUUCACACCACAAAGAGGGCGCUUUCUCAGCUGCUUGAUAUACAGGACAGUUUGGUGGCCACUCUGCAUCGAGAACGUGAGCUUAACAAGGAGAUGCAACCGUAUCAAAGCGUCUCUAUGCAUCUUAUUAAACGACUCCACAUUGUGUACAUUCGCCUGUCUGUUUAUCGACUUUUGUACGCUACAGGGUUUACUGAUAGACUUGAUGAGCCACUUCGUGAGGCACUUGGGCUAGAAGAGGCACGUUGCGCUGCUGGUGCAUUUCAGGCGGAGUUGCGCGCUCAGUUUGAGCGGGAGAUGGAUUUGGCGCCCGUGUGGAACAUGGAGGCACUGAGCCUGUGGGGAUCACCUGACGCGGCACCAGCUAUGUGCAUUGAUGCGAUACUCGCACAUAUGCGGUGCUCGGAUCUCUGUUCUUUGCGGAGCGUGGUUCAACAGAUGACAGCGGUGGAACCAGCAGUGGCUCUUCUUGUGCUGUACUGUACCCAUGCAGGGCAACAAAAGGAGCAGCAACACAUGGAGGAAAAGACGUCAACGGCGGUGCGUUACGAGUCUCCCCAUGUUGACUCAGUUAGGGGGGAAUUUCUUGACAGCUUUUGUCUGCCGCUCAGUGUGGAUGUCUGGGCCUACUUGGCUUUUGCGGCGGAUCACCACUUGAAUCUCACGGAGGUUGGCGCGGCGUAUGGUGCUGGGUGCCCGCCUCUGUUGGACCUCGUUCCUGGCCUCAUUAACGGACUUACGUACAGUGGGACAUACGAGUUGGUGUUCCAGCUGACAGGUCCUGUGCUUGCCCUUUCCAGCGUGGGGGUGAUGGACCCCUCGGUGGCGGUGAAACUUCUCUUUUUGGCAUACCGGCGGGGUAACGCCAAGGUGCUGGAGGCGUUGUACCGUCGGUCCCGUGACACUGUCUGGAGGAAUGCCGCGACCCACGCUCUCGGCAUGGCUGCGCUGCAGACUGAGAGUGUGAAGCUGCUGAGUGGACUUAUUGCACCACAGUCGCCGGAGGAGAGUGUUGUUGAGUCUAUUUUCCGGCGUUGCCCAAACGCCUCUCUCUCGAACGUGCUGCUGAUCGACUUUUACAUCCUCAUGCGCCGUUACGCUGAUGCACUGAAGAUGUGCGAGAGGGUCGCGGUGUGCCACUCAAUACAUGCUCAGCGGGUGCAGGUGAUUGCGCUGCAUUUGCGCAGCCUUAUGCCAAACGGCAACAAUUCCUACGGUCUUCGCCAGAACCUUGAGAGCGGCGAGCCUGGGCGUCUGACCGUUCCUGGAGCCUACAAUGCCCAGUAUCCACAUUCGCAUCAGAUGCUACAGUCGCUUCCGCUUCACUCCUCUGCGGUCUCUGGAGGCCCAUUGAAGAGCGAGGAGCAGGAGCUUGAGGAGGACGUUGUCCGCACGACGGCCCACAUUUCAGCUUGGCGACGUGAUGAGAGACCACUAGACGCCGUUAGUGGCAGUCUUCAGCGAGAUUUGAAUGCGAUAACAUUUACACCUACCCCAGCGGCCUCGCUGGGCAUUGUUUACGACGGGGUACGUGGAAUCUCCUGUCGUGACAGCGGCGUCACACCACAGCAGCAGCAGCAGCAGCAGCGGCUGGCCUCAGAGUCGUCUAUGUCGAUGCGAGUUGGGGCGGAGAGUGGAAGCCUGGUGUGUGCGUCAUCGGCAACGCUGCCACCGCGUGUCGCCACUGUCGCCGCAUCGCAGGAGCGCGAGCGGCUAUACUGCGAGGUCAUUCUCAAGCGCAGCAAAAAGCCCUGCGGGCGGGAGCGACCGUGCACGUACCACGACAAGGCGCAUAGGUGA